AUGAAACUGUUAAGGAACAAGUAAGGAAUUUUAUUGAAAACUAUGCGGAAACUCACGGGCUACCUAACACUGAAAAAACUAGGAUAAAAUCUAACGCAACUAUACUUUUACCUACCGAAAUGACUUACAAAUCAGUUCACCAAAAUUUCAUUGCUAAAGCAGAAGGAAAAUCACCUAUUAAUUACGAAGGUUUACAAUUUCAAUUUCUUGAGAAUGACAUCGACGAUAAAGACUCUUUCAUGCUAAGGCUUUCUAGUCUUUAUAAAGAGGGAAUGAAAGAUUAUUUGAAGAAAGAAAUUUCUGAUCAUUCUGAGGAAGAGGUGAAAGAAAUUUUUCGCUCCCAAAAACCCGAACCCAAACUACAAAAGAAAAUAGAAGAAAUAAUCAAAGAUCUAAGACUAAGAAAAGCUAACGCCUUUGCCUUUGUUGAAGUGUUUGAUAAAAAAACUUUUGAGUAUAAUUUUGAAGUGGUUAAAAAAAUAGUUGAAAUAUUGAGUGAAUACAAAUUUCGCUAUAGUGAAAGGUCUGGCUAUUUAGGUGAGUUUUUUGAAGAUCUAUUGAAUACUUCUCUAAAACAAGAAUUUGGACAAUUCUUUACACCCUAUCCGCUGGUAGACUUUAUGAUCCAUGCUUUGCCUUUAAAAGAAAGAGUAAGCAAAAGUAUUCAAAAAAAUAAACUGCCUUACUUUAUAGAUUAUGCAUGUGGUUCAGGACACUUUCUAAUAAGUUACAUGGAAAGAUUGCAAGGAGAAAUAGAUAAUUUUAAUCCGAAUGAUUAUUCGAUGAACUAUCGCUUAACUAAAACUACCAAGAUUUCGCUAUUCUUAACUGGUGAUGGAAAAGCAGAAAUUUUACAUGCUGAUGCUUUGAAUAAAUUCUCCUGUGAUGACUAUGGAAAUAGAACCACCACUUCUCCCGCUAUAUUUUUUAUGAAAAAAAAUGGUUCUUUAGAUUUAAAAGAUUUGAAUUAUCAAUGUCUUUUAAUUAAUUCUCCUAAGGCUCUUGCUGACUAUCAGAAGGUGAAAAAUGUAGAAGAAGAGAAAUUUUUAGGUUAUAAAUUUAGCAAAUCGAGAAAAAAGAAAGGAAUUAGUGGAAUACAUGGCUAUGAAAAAAAUCUUAUGGAUAAAUAUUCUCCUCUAAUAAGAGAAAUGUUUUUGAAAGACAUAAUUUUGAAUGAUUACAAGAAAAAAGAACUUGAAGGAAAAACAAUCGAAGAAGGGAACAUUUAUGCUUUUUAUCCCCGCUAUAUUAAAAGGACAAAAAAAGAAAAUGAAUUUUGUUUAAAUGAAGUUUGUGAGAUUAACAAACAUAUUAAAGAAGAAAUACCGAAAGAGACUACUAAUUCUUUAGGAUAUGUUGAAAUCGGCAAAUUAAAUGAGGAAGAAAUAAAUGGCGACUUUGAUGAAAAAAAAUCAUGGAGACUGGCUAAGGAAGGAGAUUUGCUAUUUCCUAAAUUAGCAGCUUCUAAUUGA